GCGGCAGCGCUCGUCACGUGACCAUCUUGUCUGCUGCUGGCUGAGUGAAGCGUGUUAGCAGGUAACAAAAACAUACAAAUAUUUAUCUUUUUCAACUUCAAUUUCUUUGUUUCAGCACAUCUGAACCUUACAUUGAGGGGCGUUUUCGCCGUUAUAGUUUGUUCCUGGCUUCGUAGUCUCGCUUUCACGCGGUUGUGAGGGAUGUCUUUCGCAAUUUUUCUGUUGUCUUGUUCCCCGGCGAGCAAUGUCGGGAUGGGAUUGUGCUCCGCUAUGAGGCCUUUUUCUCUGGCAUUCUCACGGAGGUGUUAUUUACUGGCUGGCCUCUUGUCCACACGUCUGAUAGAACUCAGACUGUCGUUUUACAUUUGUGUAAAUCUACUAAUAUGUACAACGACUUAAACACGCCUGUUAGGUCGUGGUUUGCUGUGUGAACUCAGAGCAGAUUUAGAUAGCAUUGUUAGCUAGCUCCAUCCCCGCUGCAUCGUUUGUUCUCAGUCGACGGUGAUUGUGUCAGCGUUAGCAUGGAAGAGCUACAUCGAGGACAAAGAGAGCCUACUGACAACAGCACCAUGUCUAUCUGUGUUUAAGUCUUAAGCAAUGCAGGAAAAAAUCCGAUAUACUGUAAACAACAGCGACUGUGUAGUCUUUUGAAAGUAUUAAGUAGCCGAAAAGCACCUGGCUAACACUAGCACUGCCUCAAAACAACGAUAAGCUUUCUUCGAUAUUGGAUUAAAAUUUGGCUUGGAGGUUGUCUUCUAUAACACGGUCCAAUACUAGUUGACGCAAAUGCCCAAUUAAUGUAUUAACUAAUUAAUUAAUUUAGACUGUAUGUUAGAACUAGUGAUUGUGAUGUGUAGAGUUAGCGACUGCUUGUUUUGUUGUUGUUUGUGACACGUAACGUUAACAGAUGAUUUUUUUAUUUAAAAAAGAGAAACUGUAGACAUCUAUUAGAGGUUUUCCUUGUACAAUUAAAUAAGAUUUAUUAAUCUAAAGGUGAAUUUUAAUACAGUUCGUCUUUCUGCGCUAGCUUUGUUCCGCGCAGCAGCCAAUGGCAGACGUGCGUCGGCUCACGUCACUCCGUCACUGUAAGCUGGAUCGCUAUUGUUCUCGGACAUAAAACAAAUGGGUCAGCAAGGAUAUCGCUUCAUAUCAUUUUAGGGAUUGACAUCAGUGAUAAAGUUUGAAUGUCUUGUGCUUUAUGAGACAUUUUUCGUGAUAACGCGUGCAGGGUUUACCUUUUGCUUGUGCUGGUAGAUACAAACCCAGUCUUUGUGGUGUUGUUGACGUUUGUUUAUACUACAAGAAAUGAUCAGUGCUGUAUUUGUCAUCACAUACGAGGCAAUAUGUAAAUUGUACGGGGUUUUUAUGUCACAAAUAAGAAGGGUUAAGAAAUGCACUGCAGCAGUUCAGUGUUUAGGAUGCGUAAUGCUUCUUUACAAUCUUUGCUGCUCUGAACUCAAUAACAGAGGGGAUAUCAGGUCAGAGUGAGAAGAGUUUGUUCUUCUCUCUCUCUCUCUCUCUCUGUGGUCUCCGCUGUUUGUAAGAGGACAUUGGGUCGCUCUCCCUCCUUGACCUAGAUUUUCAGCAAAGCUGUUCUGUCACCCUGCCAACUCUUACAUCCUCCAUAAGGGCAGCAUUCAUGAUUGUGCAAUAAGGCCUUGCUAAGCUCACAACACACUAUUCCAUAAUUUAAACUCCUUAUUUUAUGCAGGGCAAAGUUUUGAUGCUCUUAUUGUGAAUGAACCCAUUGAGUGUGUGUUUGUGGUUUUUUCAAAUAAUUUGAGGUAUACUUAACAACUCAUACUUCCAUGUUUGUUUGUUUUUUCUUUCGUAGAUUUUUCUAUUUUGUACAUACAGAGUUUUGUAUAUACUGUAUAGGAUGAGCUCGCUGGGCGGCGACAAGGCCCGGGCCCCUCGGGAAAAAGCGCUGCCUGCUCCCACUCACACAUCACAACCACAGAAACAGAUACAGGUGAGCCGUUGCAACCGCAUAAUCCGAAAAACCCUUAAUUACAACACACUCCCUGAACCGCAGUUAUUUUGUGAAUGUAAAUGUUCUUUAUUUAUACAGCCCUUUACAACAAACCUCUCGGUGAACCAGAGUGCUUUACAAUACAUAGGAAAUAAAAAUGAAUUACUAAAAACAAUAAAACCAAUAAAAUACAAUGCAAUAAAAUAAAGUGUCACCACACUACUGGGUAUAAAAGGUCAGCAUAAAUAAGUACGUUUUUGAUCGGGAUUUAAAAAGGCCCAGGUCGGAAAUAAGUCUCAUUGUUGGGGAGCUUAUUCCAAAGCCUGGGAUCAGCAACCGAAAAGGCCCCAGUGUUUGUGUUUUGACCUGGGCACCUCCAGCAGAAGUUGAUUUGAUGACCUCAGAGCUCUACCUGGUUCCCGAACAGUUAAAAGCUCAGCUAAAAAGAUGGGAGCGAUGUCGUAACGAGCUUUAAAAGCAAACAAAAGUUUAAAAUCAAUCCUAAAAGAGACAGGAAGCCAAUGAAGGGAGCGAAGGACAGGAGUGAUGUGCUCUCGUCUGUUAGUGUUAGUUAAAAGACGGGCAGCAGCAUUUUGCACAAGUUGAAGGCGACUAAGAGAUGAUUGGGAGAUGCCAACGUAUAGUCCAUUACAAUAGUCUAACCAUCAACUUAUUAGAGCAUGUAACAUUUUGGAGCGAAACACCAGUUUGCAUGCAGUAUUCGAUGACAAUAAGUUUUACAAGUGGGGAUCAUGCUUUUCUAGCUCAGUGGUUUAAUGGCCCAUCCCAUGCUGCUUCAGCCCUUUAAGUCCAGGGAUUUGAUUACCACCCUUGUACCUUCACUGUAUGUGUCCUGAGUAAAAUGGACACUAAGUGGACGUGGUUUGUUCUUCCCUCUUUGGUGUGUUUACAAGUAGUCACACAACAGUCUCUGUGUUGCAGGCUACUGCUGAACAGAUCCGACUUGCUCAGAUGAUCUAUGACAAGAAUGAUGCUGACUUUGAGGAUAAAGUGAACCAGGUAAGGAACACUUGGCUGUCAUUUGGAUCAGAAACAGGCAUUUUGUUGCUGUUGUUGUUUCCCCUGUUGAUUGCCGAUGUCCCUUUAUUUCAAUGUGUGAUUGUUGCUGUUCCCAGCUGAUGGAGGUGACUGGGAAGAACCAAGAUGAGUGCAUGGUAGCACUCCAUGACUGCAACGAGGAUGUUAGUCGGGCCAUCAAUUUCCUCCUGGAGAGCACCUCGGACAUGGUAAGUCCUUUCAUGUCUUAUUUAAUCUCAUAAACCACCACUGUUUUGAACUGUAAAACAGGCUAAGGUUAAUGGGUGACUCAACAUUUAAAUAUGGAUGUAAGAGUCAGUGGUUGUCAAUGAUUUUGUCUUCUUUAUGUCAGAUGCCAUUAGCUCCAGCCCCCUACAUCUACUUAAAGAUAAGCAGAAUAACUAACGGACAUAUGGAUAGAUUUAUACCUAUACCCUAUCUAAAACAUAUGUUUUGGUCAAGGAUUAAAGUCAAGUUGAUGAAUCUGUAUAAAUGUUUUUAUUAAGAUUGUUAGGAACUCGGUUGUUCUUCCCUUUAAUUAAAUAGAGCUAUUUCAGCAGGACAUACUUUUAUUUUUCUAAGUAGUUUAUGGGAUAAUGUGAACUCCCAGUGUAUUAAGUCUGACAGCCCAUCAAAAAUCGAAGUUAACACCUGCUCACUCUCUAACCACAGUAGAUUAACAGGUAUUAAAGCACAUCCUUUAUCUAUGUUUACACAGGAUGUGCUCAGAUAAAACACUGCUAAGGUCAGCUUUGUGUCAGCAGCACCCAGAGGCCAAUACACUAUCAUUGUACUUACACCUUUAAAACAUAUGCAAAGUGGUAAUCAAGUCUUUGCUCGGCCUGUGGCGACAGCUGAACUGAUUUAAGUAGAGCCAUAAUUCUCCUGUCAGAUGGAUAAAAGGAAAACACCCAUUCUGUGCUGAGGCGAAGUUGAACCUGACCUCUACGAGCAUAAAAUUAAGGCACAGUUUAAUCCGCCUCGGAGCUUUAUUUCUUAUUGCUUCUGUAGCUCUUCCUGGCACCAGAGAUUUUAGGCAUGAGAACAUAUAAUUAGCAUUAUUCCUGAACAGAGAAAAAGUUCAACAGUCCCACCUCACCCUGAAGUAGUUUUCUUUGUUUGCAUUACAAGUCGAAGUUCAUGUCCAAACAUUUGUAUCAAAUACCAGUCUGCACAGAUGGUGAGGAGAGGCUGGAGGGCAGGGCAGUCAGCCAGAUAGCUACCCAGAGUGUUGUUUUGGUUUCAUGGAAAUCCAGAAAUAGCAAAUACAUGGUUUGUGGAAUCCUCUGCUGUCGUAGUAUGCAAUGAAAACCUAAAUAUUUUGAUAUUUCACAUCAAACUUGUUACCGGACCUUACAUGGUAUUUGUUUUCUUACCAUACAGUGCAUACCUGAGCACACACAUUUGUAAUGAAUAUAGCUGGCAGUACAUUUGCUAAGCCUUCAGAAAUGUUUCAUAAAAUCCUUCAGCGUUAGACACGGUGUCUCUCUACUCCCUUUAAGAAAAUACAGAGGUUCAAACCUGGAUUAUAGAAACGCUGAGGCUACUUUUAAUGGUGUAACAGAAGACGGUCCCUGAUAUGAAGACAUUAAAAAUGUAUUCCUUAACAUAAAGCUACUUUCCUGCUCUGCUUGUUGAAAUACGAUGUGAACAUAUAGACUGAUUGGGGUGACCAUACAUCCUCUUUUACCCAGACAUGUCCUCUUUUUUGGGGGGAAGUUUAUGAAAUCCUUCAGAUGUCCGCGGUUUUGGACGCAAGUUUCGAUUUUGUGUCACGUGGACUUACUGAGUUAGAAGCACCCAAAAAACCCGACCCAAAAAACUCUCAGUGUUUGUGCGACCCCGCCCCCACGUAGUCGUGUCCUCUUUUUGGGAAGUCAGAAUAUGGUCACCCUAAGACUGAUUGCUGUAUUUCCCAGAGAGUUCAAUAAGGUCGCUUUCACUCCAGAACCGUUUGGUCCGCCUUAAACGGACCAGAGUUUGUUUCCUCGGAUAGUCCACUUUGUUGGGCAGGUGUGAGAGCUCAUCUGAACUCUGGUGCAAACCAAACAAACAAAAUCUGGUACGCCUGAAAACGUAGGUCUCGGUUCGCUUGCAAGUGAACCCUAGUUCGGUUUGUAUGCAGUGUGAAAGCCCACCUGACCAAACACAGGACCAAAUGUACGUAAUGACGCUAUACGCAGUGCAUCUUGGGUAGAGGAAGCAUGGCGCCACUUGUUGAUAUGGCAACAAGUGACCGCUGACAUUAGCAGUUGCUAGCUAGCUUAGCUCAAUUGUCUAAACAACAAUAACCCAUAAAUUCACAAUUUGGCAUAUUUAAACAAAAUCAAAUCACAACUACCAACAGUCACAGUCCUUAAACUCUGAGCUCAUAUGUUGUCACACGUUAGAUUGUCAAAGUUAGAAAAAUAACAGGAUCAAUCCCUGACAAGCUACGAUAGCAUUAUAGGAACAGUUGCGUUCACUAACGAUGUAGCAUUCCAUAAAAUAAUGUGAUGAAGCACGAUACAAGAAGAUUAGUCCACCCCUGUUUGUAAUCCGUGAGGUUACAUACUUCUCCUCCUUAGUCCAAUCGACGAGCGCCCCUUUCAACCACGUGAUGCUGCUCGGAAAGUUCGGUGUGCUUUAGAAAUAAGUGUGAAAGCAGAACCGAAACAAGUGAUAAAUGCAACAAUGUUGCGACUUUCAACUCCCCAAUUGAACCAAGUCCACUUGGUCAGGUGUGAAAGAGACCUAAGAAACAUGCAGUGGACAGUUGAUGCUUUGGUUCACUUAUCCUACAUCUUGUUUACUUUAUGUUUACAUGUUUUUUAUUUUGUUGUACCUGUUUUGUGUGAAGACCUCAUGGGAGACAGUUGGAAAGAAGAAACCCCUGGUAAAGGAUGGUCCAUCAGAAGGCAAGGAAAACAAAGAGAACAGGGAGAAGAAAGGAGAGAGGGAGGCCAGCAAAGGCCGAGCAGCUGGCAACCGCAAGGGCAAGGGAGCUAGUCGCAGUCGGCCGGGUAAGCAGUCGCUAUCCCAACUUCCUGUAGCUCCUCAGCAAGAUGACCAGUCACAUCAUUCUGGUUUCUAACUGUUAUUGGUCUCUGCGUACAGCCCGCCCAGAGGAGAAUGGUGUCGAGGUGACACCAGUGGACAAAGGUUCAGAUCGGGGUCGGAGGGUCAGAGGUGGAAGAGGUAUGGUACAUCAAGUAGCUGUCCGUUCAACCCGCACUUGGAUAGAUGUUGACUUUUGUGUGGAUGUUCUGCAGGAUCUGGAGGUCGGGGCCGAGGCAGAGCUCCAGCAGGGAGCCGAUUCUCAGCCCAGGGCAUGGGGUACGGUGACAAAAUACAUACACACUCUCACACACACACAUGACAUACAAGGGGCUUUGAAAGGCCUUUGGGAGUAUGAUUUUUUAUUAUUUUUUUUUUUUUACCUGAAAAGAAGGUCAGAAUAUUGCAUUUAGGGUGUUUGAUCUGCAGUCUAAAUGUGUGAUAUGUGAACUAAAUAUUCAACAUAUCUCACUGUAUUUUCUACCCAGGGCUGUUAACUAUAGAAAGCUUUUUUUAAUGGGUUUCAUGAAAUACACGAAUAAUGUACAGUACAGGCCAAAAGUUUGGACACACCUUCUCAUUCAAUGCAUUUUCUUUGUUUUCAUUACUAUUUAAAUUGUAGAUUCUCAAAACUAUGAAUGAACACAUGAGGAAUCAUGUGCUUAAGAAAAAAGUGUGAAAUAACUGAAAACAUGUUUUAUAUUUUAGAUUUCUCAAAGUAGCCACCCUUAAGUACAAAAUUCUACAUGUGUUCAUUCAUAGUUUUAAUGCCUUCAGUGACAAUCUACAAUGUAAAUAGUCAUAUAAAAAAAAAAGAAAAGACAUUGAAUGAGAAAGUGUGUCCAAACUUUUGGCCUGUACUGUAAUGUAAGUCUAAUAUUUUUAGAGACACAGAUAAUCAGAGAAAAAAGGUUUUCAGGGGAUUAAAUCUCUGACCUAAUCUAUGGUCCCAUUGAGUUUAUCUCAGUGUAAUUUAUUAUACCUCUCAUUGACUCCCUCCCAGAAUCUUCAACCCUGCAGACUAUACCUCAGAGGCUGGUACUGGGACCACACAGACAGAGUCAUGGGACACAGUGGCCAACAACAGCACAGAUGGGACAGGUGAGCUCUUCAUUGCAGGUUUAUACGGCAUGUGGACAAAUAAAUUCUACUUAAGUAGCACUGUCUGGCUCUCUAUAAUUGACACAAAUGUACAUAAAUUGCAUCCUGUAUCUUAUUUACCUUCCUACUGAGCAUGUAUUUGAACUUUGUGACCUAUCUUGGUUUGACCUUUAGUUACCUGGAGGAAUACUUUGGAAGACUGGUCAGCUGAGGAAUGGAGUGAAGACGUUAGCGUGAGUAGACACAGAGAGCAGGAGAACCACAGACUGUAUAUAGAAUGGACACUGUCUGCCUCCUUGCUGGGUGAAGCCACUCCGAGAACAGCACCCUCUGGUGAUGGGCUGUAGUAUAGGUCAUAAAUCCCGCCUCCUCCAGCAAAGCUUGUGGAGCUGUGGACAAACUUUAGAAAUUUAUUACACAGAAUAUAUAGUUUUCUCCCCCCUGAUUCUGAUGUUGACAUGCAGUUAUAGUAAGACUGGUUUGUACUAAAGUCCUCUUUUUUCGGUGAAGUUGUCCGGGGGUUCAUGUUUUCUAUGAUUGACACUUGACACAGCCUAUAGGUGUAUGAAGAUUGCGUAGCUCACCUGGAGGAUAUAUUGUUUGAGUAGCGCGUCAUCACAGCGGCUCUCUGCAAUUCUCCUGCCAAAUGCGUACAAUGCUACUGCGCAAUGUUGGUUUCAGGAAGUGGAGAAAAAUCGCAGAAAUACUGAGAGCUUUUCGGCUUAAAAUCCGUAUAUCGGCGGGAGGUGGAAUCAAGUUGUCCAUAGUAUAUACAGUCUAUGAGGAGAACCCACUCUAUCACUAUUUUGGCAUUCUGUACAUUUUAUAACACAUCUCCCUGUGUCUGUAUGUGUCUGCAGCUCUCAGAGACCAAAGUGUUCACCUCCUCAUGUGCACCACCUGCUGAGAAUCACAUUACACCUGGGCAAAGGUAAAACACUGCUUUGGUUAUAGUACGACAAAUGUUAGUGUGGCAGCUAUUUAAUGACUGAGCGUUCUGAAGCCUUCCUGUAUUUAAUCCACCGACUGUUUCUGUGUUAGUCUGGAUCUCGCUUCUCUGCUGCAGAAGCCUGUGGGUGGAGGAAGAGAACCAUCUUCCUCCUCCUCCCCACAGAGUCUGGUCUUCACCAACUCCCACCACCACCACCAGCCUCCGCAACAGCAGCCACCUCCCAGCCGCACCACCAGCAGCACAAGCUACGCUCAUGCUGCUCUGGUAAUAUGUGUUGCUUUCUACAGUGUACACACUUGACCUGCAUACAGACAAACAAAGACUGAUGAUUUUCUCUCCCCAUGUUUAUACCAGUCGUCGGUCCUGGGGGCUGGUUUCGGGGACUUGGGCCAGGCCAAAAGGAAUCAGCCCAGUGCUGGGGCUCAGAUACUGGAGCAGCUAAAGGGUCCUGGCUUGGGGCCGCUACCUUCAUCCCAGGCUGCACCUCCUGCCAGCACCCAAGGAAGCAACACCUCCAUUGGCCGGCUACCAGGCCUGGGAGGACCUGUACCUCCACCCUCCUCAUCUAGCUGGGACAUGAAGGCCUCAGAACCCAACUCCAACUCGCUUUCGUCACAGUUCAGUCGUAAGUAUUGAACCCUCACCUUACUUGGACACAGUGGGUCUCCUUCAUGAAACGAGGGUAAGAUUAAUUCCUUUAGAUCAAUCCUUAAGUAGGUACUGACAAAAACCACCGUAUAUGAACAUACAGGUGCCUACAAUUAAACCAGAGUUUCCCUCCAUGGUCAUGAAUCCUGUGUAGGUUUUCAAUAAUAAGGACUUUGAUGUUCAAAUCUACACACAGAUUAAUCUUUCAUGAAUGGUGCCGGGUAUGUGUGUUUUUAUGUAUGUAUGUGGUAUGUAUGUGGUCUUUCGGCCUGUUAAAGGGAUAAUCAGGGGAAAAAUUAAUUUUGAGUCAAACACACUGUAACACCGAGUUAGACACCCCCUUAAGAGAUGAAUGUUGCCGAAUGCUUGCUUCUCAAGUUACACCAGCUCUAGUAACAACUGUAGAAUAGCAGUACACAGCGGUCUGAGGAGCCAUACACAAAUCUCAAAUAAAACGCCACUCUAUAGCCACAAAUAAUGCUCAGAACAGCACCUACCUUCAUCAACAGUACAUAUAGGGUCCCAGCCAUAGCACUAGCCACCAAACAUCUUUUUAACUUUGCUUAAUAUCUUCAGCAAAGUGAGUAAACACAACUCACCUACUCUCUUCCAGCAGCCGCUUGUUUGUAGCAAGACCUCGGGCCAGUCCAUUACAGACUACUGCGGGGUGACACAGCUUAAGGAAGAACAUUUAUGAUCAUUACUUUAUCAUUUCCUUGAAGUAAUAACCUUCAUAUUAAUCAUUUUGCACUGCAGACACAGUAGUUCUUCUGCCUUAGCGUCUCGGUCUGAUUGCAUUUUCAUGAAGAAAUGAUCUCUCGACGAGAUGUCUAACUUGGUGUUGUGGUGUUUGACCCUAAUUUAAUUUUACGCCAGAAUAUCCCUUUAAGUGCCCAUUUAAGAUGCCUGUCCUGUCUCUGUGUCUGCAGGUGAGUUUGGCCUGCAGCCCGAGCCUUCUCUCGUGUUAAGCCAGCUGGUUCAGAGGCACACCACCCCGUCCUUGCCCCUGGCACGUCAAGCCAGCCCUCCGUCGCAACAACAAUCAGCCCCUGCUUCGGCCUCGCCGGCCCCCCAGCACAGCAGCACACCUACACAGGCAGGCCCGGUGAUGGCAGCUGCUGUUGGUAAACCUCCUGCCCCCAGUGCAGGGCUGGACCCUCAGGGUGGCAGUACACCACAGCAGCAACGGGCAGUGCUGAAAGGCCAGAAACGAAGGAUACCUCCCACAUCAAAGGUAAAAGAUGAACAGUACCGGUCGAUGCACUUGGCUCCUUUUGAUUUAAGAACAGGUUUUCUUUUUACUCUAGAAACCUCUCUCACUAAAAUAAAAGUUGAAAUUAUCAGAUUGCGAUAAAAUUAGAUGUUAAUUUCACAAUUCUUAGACCUGACACUGUUUUUGGUCUUUCUUUGCAGAUUCCCUCCACAGCUGUAGAGAUGCCAGGCUCAACUGAUGUCCCCGGGCUAAACCUCCAGUUUGGGGCUUUGGACUUUGGCUCAGAGUCUGCAUUGCCAGACUUUGGAGUUGUGGACAAUUGUGUAGGUGCGGUAUCCAGGGAGUCCACACCGGCCCCUGCCCCAGCACCUACUGCUCCAGGACCAGGGACACAGAGCCAGACAAGCCUGUACUCCAAACCACUCAGGUACUGCCACUGCUGCAGACUGACAAGCUAAAAGACUCUCAGUGUAGUUUUGCACAAAGAUUUGACGCAUUAUUUUAGAGCGCUGAAAAACAAGUGAUGUUUUCUCCCCGCUGUUGUCUUGCAGUGAGUCACUGGGAAGCCCCCUCUCUGUUGCCCUGCCCCUCCCUCUGUCAUCAUCCGAGCCAGUAUAUCACUCCUCCUCGGUGGCGUUAUCUAGCCUCCCUCCCUCCUCAUUAGGGACCGCCAGCUCCACCAAUCCCCCCUCUUCUUCUUCUGCAGCCUCCACCACCUCCUCUUCUGUGCCCCCUUCCUCUCACUUCUCCACAGUAGGGGGGAAUUACGAUGGGACCAUGCCCCCUCACACACGACUGGCCUUUUCUCAGAGCAAAGAGGCCUCGGGGCCAGUCAUGGUGAGUAGAAACAGCUGAAAGAAAUGCUCACACCGUCUUUCAGGGCCUUUUUAAUUUUUGAAGAUGUGAGUGAGAAAUGUACAUUCAAACACUCAUAAGAAAUGUUAUUGUGAAUUAGAGUUAACAACCCAAAUGCAUCUGAUUUAACAGGAAUAGACUGAGAAAUUACAGGUCAUAGAGUCUCCCGAGGGUUAUUCCACUUGUAGGAAAAUAUUGUUUUAAAAUAAAGAAAAACCCUAACUCAUUAUUAAACAUACAGGGCUUGACACUAACUUUUUUCAAUAAAAAAGCACAUGUGCUCGUAAAUUGAAUAAGUAAGGAACCAUCAAAGAACUUCAGGGGCACAAUCAAAAUCGAUCAAAUAAUAUGUGUCUUAUUGGUCGACAUAAGUACUAUUAUUUGAAAUCAAUUUGAAGUCUCUUGGUCACAUGAAGAAAAUGUUCAAAAAUGUUUAGAGGACAAAUUAGGGAAAUAAAGAGGUGUGUCUUCUUGUCCGACCUUCGCACUAUUAUUUGAAAUAAAUUUUGGGUCAAUUGGUUACAUGACAUGAAAGCUAUUGAAAGAAAACAGCCUUUUUUGAGAACAUCAACUGGUAAUUUAUUGAUGGUCCUUUAUUUAACACCCGACGUUGACAGUGAGGGUACCAAGCAAAUUUAACCGUGCUGCUGUUGCUAUUCCCAGUUAUGGAGAGUGAAGAGACACUGGUAGAUCCUCAGUGAAUGUCCGUCCGAUAUCCAACCUAAAACUAACUUCACUGCGAUAUUUACAUGAAAAAACUUAAGUCGCCUCGGCUGAUUUUUUUUUUUUUUUUAUGCGCACGUGUCCCUAAAUACAUUUCACAAUCCGCACACAUCUGUUUUCAGUCGCAAAUGCGAGUGAAACGGUUGCACUGUCGAGCCCUGACAUAUAUGGUCUAUUUAAGCUUUACUCUGAUGUGUUGAAAAUAUUUGGGUGUUUCUUUGUUGUCUGUUUCCAGUUAAGGCAAACUCUAAGCUUUGUUUUUCUUCUUCAACAGAAUGGUCUGAACGGUGUAAGGACCUCUGCUCUGGACAGUGAGUUUCAUAUCACUUAAUCAGCUGUUCAAUUAAUAUUUAAAGAUGUGAUGUCCACUAUCAGGCAUCUCUCCGGAUGUCUAAUCACAAACUAAAGCCUUUUAACUUUCCUAUUCCUCCCAGCUUCGUCUGCGUCGUCCACGCCAAAGCCAGACUCGCCAUCUCUGAACAUCAGCACCAAUGGUGCCUCAGCACCCUCCUCUCAUUUACCCUCUUCCCUGCCUGCACACAGCUCCACCACGCUCUCCAACCUGGCACAGGACCUUCCUACAGUCAGCCAGCUCAACUCUCUCAACAGGUGACACACACACACACACACACACACACACACUGACUAAUGACUGAUGACACCAAAGACAACCUUGAAUGUUUCUGUUCUCACUGCCAAAACAGUUCAUGAAUUGUCACUCUGUAUUUCUGUCUCUCCUUCACAGCCAUGUCAGCAGUCAUUCCUCAGUUUCCGCUCUGGGCUCUAGCUCCCUCACUGUAAGUUUCACCUUUGCCCUCCAUUGUGGCUUAAACUCUCUGAGUGAUGACUGAUCCUAUGUGAUGAUAUGCAACUAAACAGCUUAAGCAGUUUGUCGAAUACAUCCUCUACACAAAUAAAGACAACUAAAACAGGAAUCAUAUGAUAAAGAAACAGAGCCAUGACACAUUGGUGUUUAAGAAUUUGCAGUGCAGACCCCAUAUCUGCAUUCAAGUGUUUUCAUGCAAGGCCAAGACCACUUCCCUAAAUUUAACAAAUAUCCCCUUCCCUCUGUUCUCAGUAUACAAGUGUGGAAAACAGCAACAGCAGUGUCAGCUCUCUGGCUCCCUCCUCUGGCUCAUACACCUCAUCGCAGCCCUCCGCCUCAGCACUCCACUCAACCCACAACAGCAGCAACAGUAGCAGCGGCAUCAGCCACCUGGCCAACCUGCCCAAUAUGGGCAAUAACAGCAUGAGCAGCACAGUUGGUGGUCUUGCUGGCACCAGUGGACUUCACUCUGCUGCCGCCACCAGCACAGCGCUGGGACUUGGCUCCAAUGGAGCUACUGCCACGUCCAACCUCUCUGCACCAAGGACCACACCUCUGCUCUCCUCCUCUGCUGGUAACCUAUGCCGCUCAUAUACUCAUAUAGUACUGUGCUGUUCUUAAACUGCUGUUCAGACACUUAAACGCCAGUGUAAGCUGAGUAUACAAAAGUGACUGUUGUUCUCUGGCAGGUAAAGCUCCCCCUAACCUGUCCCAAGGAGUACCUCCUCUACUGCCCAACCAGUACAUCAUGGGGCCCGGUGGGCUGCUGCCUGCAUACCCAGUAAGUAUCUAAAAGGAUAAGUCAACUAAAAUGUGAUAUUUUCAGAGAUAUUUUACUCAUAACAGUGCUUUACAGAUCUAAACUUUCACAGGAGUUUUAGUAUUGCUAGCUGACUGUACCUGUCUCUUGUGUUUCACAGCAGAUCUAUGGCUACGAGGACCUUCAUAUGCUCCAGUCAAGACUGCCAAUGGUGAGAUUCAUCAACAGGGCUCACAGAAGUCAUUCAUUUUGUUUGGUUGUUGUGUGGUUCCUCUCCUCAACCUGUACUCUCCCUUUAGCCCUCUUUACAGGACUACUAUGGAAUCACAUUCCCUGGCCCCACUGCAACGCUCUCAGGCAGAGACGGGAGCCUGACCAACAACCCCUACUCAGGUAAGGUAUCUUUACCGUGGUUGGCUCUGACUGGAACUUCGAAAAAAUGGUAACCAGGGAAAAUCAUUUUUCUGAAAUCCCUAAAUCCAGAAUCUGUUCUCUAAUGGCACCUCCUUUAUUUUUCAGGUGAAGUCAACAAGUUCAGCAGGAAUGACUCCACCUCCCCAGCACCCCCCACAAGCCUUGCAGCCCCGCAGCCUCCUCAGGGCCAGAAUCAAGGACAGAACCAGGCCCAGCCUCAGCCUCCCCAGGCCCAGCCUCAGCCGCAGGGCCAGCCACAGCACCACAGCAGUCAGCAGGCUUUCCUGCCUCCGGGCUACAGCUAUACUGGCCUGCCUUACUACCCUGGGGUGCCCGGAGCUGUACCCAGUGCCGCUGCCUUUCAGUAUGGCCCCACCAUGUUCGUUCCCCCCGGGGGCCCGGGACCAGCCUCAGCCAAGCAGCACAGCAUGAGUCUUGGUCUGGGAAACCCCUCAGCCAGCCCCUUUCAGCAGCAGACACAGCAGCAGCCCAGUGGUUAUGGCCAGCACACUUUCAGCUCAGGUAAGUCAGAGCACUGGAGGUGAACGGUUUAGGGGAAUUAUUCGAUUUGGGCUUCAGUUAUUCCUCAAAUCUUGUUUAAUUUUGAGUGUUGGGUAUAAUUGACUGUCUCUGACACGGAUGUUUUCCUCUCCAGGGUAUGAGGAGCUGACAGCGGGGCCAGCAGGAGUGGACUACAGUAAAGGAUACAACUCCUCCUCACAGGCACAAGCCAAAUCUGCUGCUUCUGGGCCCGGCAAAGGUACAGAGUCAGCAAAAUACAAACAUUCAGUGUCGUGUCUUAGUCGUGGAAUCCAAUCUUAAACGUCGAUCGUGCUUCUGUAUUUCUGCCAGGCGUAUCAGUGACGUCCAGUAACUCGGGUGUGCCAGAUAUCAGCGGAAGUGUUUACAAUAAGACCCAGGUGAGACCCAGACAGUGUAUUAUUUGUGUCAUAGUCCAGGUUAGUUUUUUGUUUUUUUCCUUUAGUGUUAAUUUUGACUUUACCCUCUGUUCCCAGUCUUUUGAUAAGCAGGGUUUCCAUGCAGGGACCCCUCCUCCCUUCAGCCUGCCAUCAGCACUGGGGGGUCCAGGGCCUCUGAACCCCGGAGCAGCUCCUGGAGGCUAUGCACCAGCCCCAUUCCUCCACAUCCUGCCUCACCAGCAACCACACUCACAGCUGCUGCACCACCAUCUAGCUCAGGAUGGACAGGUACCACUCAGAUCAUUUUCAGCAGCUUUAAACAGAUCGAAAGUUUCUCCAAAGCUCACUCGGAUCUCUGUCUGUGAUCAGGGUGGUCCUAGCCAGCGCGGCCAGUCCAGCAGCCUGCAGCAGAAGAGCCAAGUCAACAAGUCGAGCUACGGCAGCUCCCCCUACUGGGCUAACUGAGAAGGCCACAACCAUGAUGAUGUGUGUUUGUGUGCGUGUGCAAGGACAGACACCGUCACACAGCACCACUCCUGUGUAUCAGACUGAUGAGAUCAUAGAAGGACAAACCAUUUUACAACACAAGCUAAAACACACACACACUACCACCCCCCUCUCCUUUGCUCUGUAUAUCCCCUUUUCAAAUUUAUGGCUGUUGUAUGUAAAAUAUAUUUAUGUAUGUAUUUAUACAGUAUAUAUGUAUUGGUAGGACAUAAAAUGUGGUUUCUGCAUUUUGAUUUUAUUUUGAAGGACAUUUUAUUUCAAAAAAUGUGGAAAGAUGAGAAUGCUAAAUCAUGGAGAUGAAGUUGGUGAAUAUACUUGAACACAAGCAUCUUGUGAUGUGGAUUUUUUUGUAUGCAUACAUGAUUCGAGAAUGAUGUACAUAAAUUCUACACAUCAUUUUCAUGGCAAAGGCCUUUUUUUAUUUUAGAAGAAGUUUUUGUAACUUUGGUCCCCUGCAUCUGUGAAUCCUUAUAUUGAGGGUGACUUGAGUUGAUAGCUUGACUUUUCUUUUUGCCCCAUUUCCCUCCAUCUGUCUUUCAUUCCUCAACUCUUAAUAGUUGGCUGGUAAAUAGGUUUACCAGCCAGGCCUUGGAUUUGAUGUCAUUUUAACAUUGGUUUAAUCCUUGUUGUCCAAAUUAAAAGUUAUGAACAGUU